AUGGAGCCCUUGCCACUGAUACCUUGUAUUCAGAAUGCGGCAAUACCAGAAAUGGGUUGUCUGGUUCGUCAAGUAUUCCAAGAUGCAUUUCAAGAGGAUACUGAGGCUUGGUCAAUGACUAUGAACCUUUCAAAAUCGCGACAGCAAAGUUCAUGGUUUGGUCAAAUCGCAGCUCAAAUUCAGGCGGAUAUUAUGGAACACAGACGGAUCCUUGAAGCCCUAGACUGUGCUGAGAUGCAAAUAAUGGAGUCACGAGGAUACCAUUUGUGUCGAGAUCACAGAAUUGCUUUGAAUCAUAGAGCAAUGGAAAUUAUUCGAUUGAAGCGUCACCCAGUAUACAUUGAUCUGCACCCAAAUACCGUAGAAAAUUAUCCACUGCUACAAUCUGAUGACAUGUUACCUCCUACGCAUGACCUCAUCACAGAUUUUCGCUUGGAUGGAAGAGAUAGAUUAAAAAUGAAGCAACGGUUGUACAAAAGCAAAGAUUCCUUACUAGAUGAGUCUUUGCUACCGACUAUCUCGUCUCGAGUUUGUAGAUUUAAUGCUACGACGAACCAAAAAUCAAGUUUCAGAAACAAGAGAAUCAAGGAUAGGGUAUCGAUAAUAGGAAUGGCGAGUCGCACAAGAAGCAUUAUUAGAGCAGACUAUUCAAAAACUGUACUAGUUGCUAAACCAGAAGAGCUCAUUUUUCAUAAUUUUGAACAACAAAAAAUAUACAAGAAAUCUGUGCUGAUAACAAAUAUAAGCAAUUCAAUGGCGAGAUACAAGAUUGAAGCACGAUCUCCCAUUUCAAAAUUUACUAUACUUCGUGAUACUGGAGCAGUUGAAACUCAGAAGAUUGCGCCUGGCAUGCAGAUUAAACUAACAGUAUUAUUCCAAUGUGACAUCAGUGAAGACCCUGAAGAGUUCCUCAUAGUCAAUGUACAAUCAGGGAAAACAUUAUGCAUUAAAAUGUAUGGGUAUCGUGACCCGCCAUCACUAAGAGCUGUGACAACGAUACCUAGACCAUCUUCAUUCAAUCAGUCCACCAAUAUGAGUAGCGACCAGUAUAACUCAUCUCUAUCUAGCAUCUUUGGAAGAAAAGGAGAAUACGAAGUUCGCAAAGAACAGCAUACAGAAGCUGGUGAAAAAAUCAAACAAUCUAUGGCUGAAGAACAACUUGUUCGAACCAAUUUAAAUCCAAUGCAUUUUGAAUGUGGAAAAUGUUUUUUGGGCGAUGGAAUACUUGUGUCCACCAAAUUUGUUAAUAAUGGUAGCAACGGAAGGUUUUUUGUCAUGAGUGAGAUAGAUUGGUGCACAAUGAAUAUUGAUGAUAUUGUGGAUUGCAACAUGAUUCUGAUACCACCUUUUGCUGUGUGGCCAGUAUAUUUUGAGCUAAAAAAUGGUGAAUGUGUUGAAUUUCAAAUUUAUUUUUCUCCAGAGUCAUAUGGCAUGCAGGUAAUUUCAGCUCUUUACAAGGUGGAUAAAUUGUACAUAAUUUGCGACAACCAUGGAGUUCACUCGAUAGAACUGAUUGGUGAUGGUAUUACAUACGAUUCAAAUUUCAUCCACUUCAGUGAUGAAAUGAUACCGAAGAAAACAUUUGAGUGGGACGAUCAGUCAUUCAAUACUUUUCAACUCAAUAUGGGUAUUGUGGAGUCAGAAGAAAUUACCAAGAGUACUUUUUCUGUUACAAAUACAAGUGGAUUGAAAAUGUGCUACCGAUGGGAAAAAUGCAUAGAAAAUUUAUCCAACUCGCAGAAUACCUGGAAAUGGAUACCUAUUGAAAAUCUAAUGAUCCAACCAAAUUGUGGUACCUUCUAUUCCAAUUCACAAUCAUUCGAAGUAAUCAUCCAAACGAAAGGUUUGGAACCUGGUCAAUAUCGAAUUCAUUUACGAUUAUACAUUGAAGACAUACCUCUUGCAUCAAUACCAAAGGAUUCAAACUUACGUAUCACAAACUGCUACGUUAAAAAGAGAAACUGUCCAAUUACUGUGGACGUUUUAGCCAGUGAGAUUGAAAUCCGAAUAGACUUGAUACCAAAAGAAGUAGCUUUAAAUUCUAGUAUUGUGGCAAAAAGUGAAUAUGAAACAAGGUGGUCACAUGAAUCUGAAGAAAUAAACUCAAACGAUACUCGCUUGCUUUCAAGUUCACCAAGUGCUGUACAAUAUUCACACCCAGAUUGCUCUAUAGUAGAUGAAAAUUCAUCAAUCUGUAAAUUGGAACUUACAGAAUGUGACAAAGUCCAGAAAGCUGACAGAAAUAUUGCAAUUCUUGAUAUAAUGGGAGAUCUAGUGAUUGAUGGAGAUAAGCCAACUUUGCCAAAACUGGAUAUUUGCCAUCAAACAGAUAAUGCUACGAUUCUGAUGCUCGAUAGAUCAACUUACGUUGGGAUGAAGCAAACACAUAGAUUGACACUGCGGAAUUUACUUUGCAAGCCUGUAUCUUACGCGUGGGGAAAACCACCAGCAAAUGAUGGAUGUAUAAUGAAAAUAGCUUUUUAUCCUGAAAAGGGUUCAAUUCCUCCUAAUGGGAUUGCCAUAAUUGAAGUCAUAUGUUUUCCAAUUAAUAUGGGAAAGCUUGAUAAUUAUUUUAUUCCAUGUUUUGUUGGGGAUGGACAAGAUCCCAUAAUACUUAAAGUUGAAUGCACUGUAAGUGCUUUGUAUGUGACUUUUCUUUUCUUACCACCUCCAAGUAUCACUAUCUCGCCAUGUGUUGAUUCUGUUGUACGUGUUGAAUGGCACAAGGAUGGUCACUCAUCUACUCUUGCCUUAAAUAAUUUGAAUAUUGAUGAGAAUUCCAAUCUCGAGGAAGAACUGGAAUUGAGAAAUAUUAAUCUAGAUGCUGGGCAAAUAGUGGCAAAUGUUGCUGCAGGUUCGGCACUACUUGGGGCUGACAAUGUUUCCCUAAUUCUUCCUUCUGAAACUUCAUCUUCUCCAAAGCAAACGGAUGAUAAGCAUUCAAUGAGCAAAGCAAAAUACAGAUCCGGAAAAAAUAAGGAACAAUCCGACCACCAUGGUGCAGAAUCUCCGUUGAGCAAAAUAGAGCCCCUGACAUCGAGAAGCUGGGAUAGCUUAUUGAAAGGAAUUAUUUGGACAAAAGACAGGCCUGAUGAAUUUAUUUCACUAGGAAAGCCACAAAGUGUUGUACCAUAUCAUGAAACGAUUGUGCCUCCUGUCAUGCAAGCUUUGACCGUUGAAUUCCUUGAUUUACCUUUGCAAAUAGUGGAAAAAAGAACGUUUGUGAUUCGUAAUGAGACUCCAGCUGAAUCGACUUAUUCUAUUAAUUUGAAACGAUUUGGUGGAAUGGACAUUGUCAGUGAGGCAAAGCCAACAGAUUUGAUUGAUGCCACCUAUGCUACUGCGAUGGGACAUAGAUUGGAUAAUUACUGGGAAAAAAUAAAGCCACCAGGACAAGGCAUAGUUAUGAUGGUCGAACCAAUGAAUGGUAAACUCCGGGCAUACGAAACAGUACCCAUUGAUAUUUAUGUCUAUGCUGAUACAUGGGGAGUUUACGUUGACGAAAUCACAGUUUCCAUACCUGGUUUACCUGAUUACAUUUUUGGCGUUUGUGUUCAAGUUGUUGGAUCACCAGUUGCGUAUCCUAUGUGCAAAUAUGGGAGACACAAAUCACCCACGUUAAGAUUUGGAGCAGUCAGUCGUAGUAGAGAAAAAGUUACAAGAAAGAUCCAAAUUGAAAAUACAAGCAGUGUACCAAUUAUCCUAAAUUGGUAUACUUAUCUAACAAAUCCUCAGCUCUCUGAGGAUUUGAUUCCAUUCAACAUCACCUUGCAAAUGCUUAGCCCAUUCACAGAUGAAAUCGCCACAACAGGUGCAAACUUAACAAACAUUUGCAAUGAUAUAAAAAUAUCCAGAUCCCGUUUUACAACUUCACGAUCUCAGCAAAGCAUACUAGACCCCGAUGAAUGUGCUUCUACAAAGUUUUCAUUACCAACGAAUACCUCAUCUUGGUGCUAUCGUAGUGAUACCCAAGUUCGAGCUACGUAUGUAUUUAUUUCAUCAAGUGGGUAAUUAGAAUAUCUUCAAUCUCU